AUGAACGAGGUGUCUGGGACGACCGCUGUCGUCGUUUUUCGCCCUACCACAGCAGUCGCCGGCCGUCGCAGCCCGCCGGUAUCAUUGUUCGCUUGCCGAGCUUUGCGAGCACUGACAAGACCCAGAGUCGGACACUUCUGGACCCAAAAGUUGCUGCGGACAGCCCUAUCUUUGCCACACGAGGCGUGACAUUGCUUCUCGAAGUGGCCCACUCGCCGCACGUCAAACGUCGUACCUGCGCAAGCUUGGGGAACACUGCGCCAAUGCGCAGGCUGAGGAUAAACAAAUACCGCUCGCGUUCGCCUUGAGAUGCUGUGCGACGUGGGAUGAUGCGCAAGGUGAGAUGCAAGUGAGGUCCGACUUGAUCCUGCCAAGAAGAGAAUGGGUACACGCGGAAUUCGACAAGGCGAAUUGCACAGGUCGAGGCUACUUCCCUGCUUCGCCUUGCGUACUGUACCGUAGCAUUGGACUGAGUACGCUUCAUGGCCGCAAGUUGCUAAGGGACGUGUCAUGCCCGUGCGGGCAGGAGGACGACGACAAGGUCGAUGCGGCCUCGAAGGUUCCCUUGAACCCAUGUCAGCGCAGCAGAAAAGCAAAACCUACGGAGCGAUGCGACGCGAAGCGAUACCAAUUCCAGCACGACCUGCCCCGCCCGUGUCUCGUCAUUCCAAUGUGCGAGUGUGAGCGAGUGAAUGAACACUACGUCUGGCUCGAAGCAUGCGGUCAUCACCACCCUCGCUUGCACCAGCCCGCGAUUGUGACAGGAGAGACAAGGGGGACCAGUCCGAGGGCGCUAGAUUCUGAAUCGUAGGCUCUUGGCCUUCUCAUGACGUCAAUCCUAUUCGCUACACACAAUGCUAGAUCCGCCUGGGGCUUGGGCUA